AUGUCUCAAGUUUUCACCUCCCCUGCCAAAGUCCUCUCCUGGGACGAGGACCGAUCUCCCAACACCCAAUCCACCCUCCCUCGCUUGACACCCGCCACUGUGAAGAUGAACCUGAGUGAGCUCAACACCGAGAUUACUAGCACCUACCAGAUGAUGUACCUGCCCGCCGGGGGUGGUCGUGAGAAGGAUGGAUCCGCUGUCUUUAUCUUCUCCGAUGUUCUCGAGUCGCAGGAUUUCCAGGGCAAGGCAGGCAGCUUCAUGACACAAGGGAAGGGGACAUUCGAUGCAAUGAAGUUCAGAGUGCAAGGAUCAUUUGAAAUUGUCCCUGGAAGUGGCAAAGGGGAGCUCGGGGAGAUGUUCAAGAAUGGUGGCAGUGGAAGCUUCGAGUCCGACGAGAAGGAUCCGGGUCAAGUUAAUUAUAAAUUUGAAUUGCCUGCGUAA